CAGGACCCUGGGAGCAAGAUGGCCACGGUCAUCCCCGGCCCCCUGAGCCUAGGCGAGGACUUCUACCGAGAAGCCAUCGAGCACUGCCGCAGCUACAACGCACGCCUGUGCGCCGAGCGCAGCCUGCGCCUGCCGUUCCUCGACUCGCAGACCGGCGUGGCCCAGAACAACUGCUACAUCUGGAUGGAGAAGACCCACCGCGGCCCGGGUUUGGCCCCGGGACAGAUCUACACGUACCCCGCCCGCUGUUGGAGAAAGAAACGGAGACUCAACAUCCUGGAAGACCCCAGACUUCGGCCCUGCGAGUACAAGAUUGACUGUGAGGCGCCAUUGAAGAAGGAGGGCGGCCUCCCAGAAGGGCCGGUCCUUGAGGCUCUACUGUGUGCUGAGACAGGGGAGAAGAAGAUAGAGCUGAAGGAGGAGGAGACCAUUAUGGACUGCCAGAAACAGCAGCUGCUGGAGUUUCCACAUGAUCUUGAAGUGGAAGAUUUGGAGGAUGACAUUCCCAGGAGGAAGAACAGGGCCAAAGGAAAGGCAUAUGGCAUCGGGGGUCUCCGGAAACGCCAGGACACCGCUUCCCUGGAGGACCGAGACAAGCCGUAUGUCUGUGAUAUCUGUGGGAAACGGUAUAAGAACCGGCCAGGGCUCAGCUACCACUACACCCACACCCACCUGGCUGAGGAGGAGGGGGAGGAGAACGCCGAACGCCACGCCCUGCCCUUCCACCGGAAAAACAACCAUAAACAGUUUUACAAAGAAUUGGCCUGGGUCCCUGAGGCACAGAGGAAACACACAGCCAAGAAGGCGCCUGAUGGCACUGUCAUCCCCAACGGCUACUGUGACUUCUGCCUGGGUGGCUCCAAGAAGACGGGGUGUCCCGAGGACCUCAUCUCCUGUGCCGACUGUGGGCGAUCAGGACACCCCUCGUGUUUACAGUUCACGGUGAACAUGACGGCAGCUGUGCGGACCUACCGCUGGCAGUGCAUCGAGUGCAAGUCCUGCAGCCUGUGUGGCACCUCGGAGAACGACGGUGCCAGCUGGGCGGGUCUCACCUCCCAGGACCAGCUGCUGUUUUGUGAUGACUGCGAUCGGGGUUACCACAUGUACUGCCUGAGUCCCCCCAUGGCGGAGCCCCCGGAAGGGAGCUGGAGUUGUCACCUCUGUCUUCGGCACCUGAAAGAGAAGGCCUCUGCCUACAUCACCCUCACCUAG